CUUUCCUUUCUCGCGUUUUUUUCAGCUGUUGCGUGUUGUCAACCUUUACAUAUCCAAAUUUAGCACUUUUUUUAAAAUAUUUUUUUAAAGUUUCAAACCAACAGCAAUGUCAGCCAAUAUUAUUGACCGGAGACGAAUUAAUGGGCCGCAGCGCAGCGUCGAGCCCAUAUACCCAAAGCAACCCACAUCCACCUCAUCCGCUGGCCGCCCCGACGGACGGGCACAGAACGCUGUGCGGCCGAUAUUCGUGAAAACUGGACCACUCUCGCCCCAAGCGUCCUCAGCAGCCUGCCCCUCGGGAUCAGCCUACUACGAGCAGGGCAAGAUUCGCAUCAGCUGUGCCAUCUACGGACCCCGCCAGGGCCGUAAGAGCAACACACGCAUGGGUGCAUUCGACUGCGACUUCAAGUACGCGCCCUUUUCGUGCAGCUGGAAGAGAUCGCAUAUGCGGACCUCAGAUGAGAAGGAGAUUGCGCUGAUGCUCGAGCAGGCCAUCUCGCCCGCAUUCGUCUGGAGGCGUACCCGAAGGCCAGCAUCGACGCUUUUGUCACGCGACGGCAAGGCCGCCACGAUCAGUGCCGCGAUCAAUUGUAUUUCAGCCGCGCUAGUUGACGCUGGAAUUGAGCUGUAUGACAGUGUGGCAGCGUGCUCUGUUGCGCUGAGCGGGUCGCAGUGGAUCUACGAUUGCACGCAGGAGGAGGAGGACAAGGCCGAGUGUUCGCUGAUGAUGGCGCGCAUGCCCAGCGCCGAUGAGGUCACGUACCUGCUGCAACACGGCAAGACUUCGCCUGCACAGACCGAGCAGGCGAUCCAGGCGAGCGCUGGCGUGUGCACCCAGGUGUACGCGGUCAUCUGCCACUACCUGCAAGCAUCCUUGGAGCAAUAACCACAGAUGCAGGCAGUGGUUUAAUUUCCAAAAUAAAAAAUAAAAAGCA